UAACUGUUUUUAAUUUCUUUAGGAAGAAAAUGUAAUAUGACUAAUAGGUUGUGAACCAGAUGAACGAACAGUACAAUGGAGGAUCUUACAAUCCUUCUGGUUCUCAUUCUAAUCUUCUGCAUUAUCAUUUACUUCCUCCUCUCUACCGUCCAAGCAUGGAAGCAAGGGAAGCAGUUGAUGGGCGCCAAGCGUGUCAUGUUGGUCAUCGCGCAUCCCGACGAUGAAGUGAUGUUUUUUGGUCCGACGAUUCUCGGACUUUUAAAGAGCUGUGAUAUUUAUCUGUUAUGUAUGUCCAGUGGAGACUACAAGGGAGAGGGAACAAAUCGAAAGGAUGAACUGUAUGAAUGUUGUGCUGAGAUAGGAAUACCAGAACAGAAUAUUCUUCUAAUAAAACAUUCAACACUCAGAGACGAUCCAAAUCUUAGAUGGCGGGAGGAGCUAGUAAGUGAGAUAGUGCUGCGCCAUGUGGCUGCCCUGAGUAUAGAUACGGUCAUCACGUUUGACCGGUACGGAGUUUCCGGUCACAGGAAUCAUAUAGCGCUCUACUACGCGAUGGGAUGCUUAGCUAUGGAGGAUCAAGAAAGGUCUGUAUACUGUUUAACCUCAGUUAAUCUCAUGAGAAAAUACAGUUGGUUCGUUGAUGUUCCAAUGAGUUAUCUUCUCUGCAAUAUUGUUUAUCUUUCCAGCCCUUCACAAUGGUUCCAGUUAAGACGAGCGAUGAGCAAACAUGAAAGUCAGCUAACUUGGUAUAGACGAUUAUAUAUACUUUUCUCCAGGUACUUAUUAGUGAACACCUUGGAGCCAAUAUCCAGACAACCCUCUGUCACGGACAAAAAGAGUUUUUAAAACCCCAAGAUCAGACAAGAUCUUAAUGUCCGUUGUCUAUGACAAGAAGAAGAAUACCCAAGAUCUAUGAUUAGCUAAAUGUGAAGCUAUCUCUGUCCAACUGACAAUUAUACUAUGAAUUGAUUAAAUAUUGUUAUUAUUGUA